AUGUCUCAACAACGACAAUCGUCCGAACGCCCCAGUACCGAGAGGGAGAGGGAGGGCCUCUCCAAGUACGUGAGGCGCAUGAGCACCAUUCUGCGCCGGGGUUCCAAGCGACUGUCCAUCACCAGCCUUUCCGACAUCACGGGCGGCGAGUCCAGCAAAGCUGCAGCUAGCAAGAACAAUACGGCGUCCACGCCGACCACCAGCAAGCCGGCUGCCACCACGACUACGACGACUGCGACCACGACUGCCCCGACCACCCAGCCUACUGGCUAUCGCUGGAGCGCCGCGCAGCAGGAGAGGGCUCGCGCUCUCUUUGCCAAGUACGGUCUGACUCUCGAGCCUGAGGAAUGGAUGUCGCCUCGCAACUUGAAUGUUGAGCGUGUCGAGAAGCCGAUUCGCAUGAGGGUCCGCCGCACCUGCCACCGCUGCCAGACCACCUUUGGCCCUGACCGGGUCUGCGCCAACUGCCAGCAUGUGCGCUGCAAGAAGUGCCCUCGUUACCCGCCUGCUCGGACCAGGGAAGAGAAGGAGGCGAGGGCCAAGGCCAAAGCGGCCGAAAAGGCCAAGGCGGCUGGACAGACCAUCGCGCCCGAGCCGAAGAAGAAGAGCAAGACUCCUCAGCUUACCAUUCCGUCCCGGACUGGCGGCCAGGAUCUCGUCCGCAAGCCGAUCCGACAGCGAGUUCGCCGGACGUGCCACCGAUGCAACACCUUGUUCAUUGGCGAUGCCAAAGAGUGCACCAACUGCCACCAUAUCCGGUGCAAGAAGUGUCCUCGCGAUCCGGCCAAGCUUCACAAAUAUCCAGAUGGCUAUCCAGGGGAUGCCGAUCCGCCGCCAGAGCCUCGCCCACGUGUCUGGAGGAAGCCACGCCGCCGGGUGCGGUACAUCUGCCACCAGUGCUCGACGUUGUACAGGCCUGGGGAGAAGACAUGUUCCAACUGUGGGCAAGAGAAGGGGCCAGAUACAAUCCGAGACCCGCCGAAGAAAGUCAAACCGGAACCGGAUCCGGAGAUUUUGCGGCGUGUCGAGGAGCGGCUGGCGCAGUUGUCGAUCGACACAACGUGA